AUGUCACAAGCCGAUCACUACAGCUGCUUGGGGUACAUGCUGCUAGCGUUCUGCAGUCUGAAGGCUACCACUGCCUUUCUCAACUCCUCACCGCUGCUGAAUCCCAGCUCGGGGAGCACAGAUCGCCUGAUGCACCUGUACACAGCUACGGAGAGGAACAGCUUCCACCUCCAAAUCAAUGCCGAUGGCUACGUUGAUGGUGCCCCACAGCAAACCAUUUACAGUGCCCUAACGAUCAAGUCCGAGGGUGUUGGCUACGUAAUAAUCACUGGAGUGAAGAGUGGCCGCUACCUAUGUAUGGAUAUGAAAGGAAACAUUUUUGGAUCGCAUUACUUCAGCCAAGAAGACUGCGUGUUCAAACACAAGACUCUGGAAAAUGGAUACGAUGUGUACCAAUCUCCUAAACACAAUUUCCUGGUUAGCUUAGGCAGAGUUAAACAAGCUUUUUUUCCUGGUAUGAAUCCACCACCAUACUCCCAGUUCUUGUCCAGGAGAAAUGAAAUUCCUUUAUUCCGAUUCAACACACCUGAGCCCCACAGGAACACUAGAAGUGCAGAUGUCGAUCCAAUGGAUCCUCACCAGAUCCUAGUCCCCCAGAGAAAGGUCUCUGCAUUAGGAUCCCAGCUGCGGCUACAAGCAGACUUUUCCCAUGUGCCCAGAGAACCUAUGAGAAUCAAUCAGAACGAUAUGGUCAACCCAGAUGACCCAUAUGCUAUGAUGGAUGCCAGGAGGCAUGUGAGCCCUCGCUUCUAUAUUACAAGAUAA